UAGCAUCACUAGUGGGCCUUCAAUCUAUGUGCGUAUUUGUACGUUUUUCGUUCAUCUUAUCGUUUUAAAUCAUUCUUCAAUUUCCCAUUAAAAUCUAAUUAAUAAGUCUUGACAAUUCAAUUCUAGUGUUCAAUCGGCUGUGAUACAUCAUUAUUGUAAAUCGUGUGAAAUAUAAUUGUAACAAUGCCUGAUACCUUUACUUGCAUAACCUGCCAGGUGAUGUUCAAAACGCCUGAAUUACAACGUGAACAUUAUAAACAGGACUGGCACAGGUAUAAUUUGAAAAGGAAGGUUGCUUCAAUACCGCCUGUUACUCUGGAAGAGUUUGAGCAGCGGGUAAAGGAGCACAGAGAACAGAGUCAGAAUGUAAGCCGCGAUGAAUCGCAGUACUGCAAGUAUUGUUCCAAGUUAUUUAAUACCAAAAAUGCCUUUGACAAUCAUUUGAAUAGUAAGAAACACAAAUUAUCUGAGGAGCGGUAUGUAGAAAAGAAAGAAGAGGAAGGUGAAAGCGGUCAUUCUGAUACGGAUAGUUUUGUAAAGGUUGAGCCUAGUGCUAAUGUUUCCAAGGAUCCUAGUAAGUUUGUUAUUGUUUCUGCCGACGACUCCGGAGACGAGGACAUAGAAACAGAUUCCGAAAUUGAAGAGCUUGACUCGGAUGAGUGGGAGGAAUGUCGUAUCAAGGGCAGUGACUCUCUGAUCAAGCCUCGGGAUUGUCUGUUCUGUGGCCAUCAUAGUAAGAACAUAGUCAAGAAUCUCAAGCACAUGUCUGAGGCCCAUUCAUUCUUCAUACCAGACGUAGAGUACUGUAUUAAUAUUAAAGAACUUCUUCUGUAUUUGGGAGAAAAGAUAUCACAGGGAUACAUGUGCAUCUGGUGUAAUGAUACUGGCCGAACAUUUUACUCCAUGGAGGCUGUGCGAGGGCAUAUGAUUGACAAAGGACAUUGCAAAAUGUUGCACGAAGGCCUAACCCUUGCAGAGUAUGCGGAUUAUUAUGACUACAGCUCUUCAUACCCCGACCAUAAAGAGGACGAGGAAGAGGAAGACGGUAUGGAUGUGGAUGACGAAGUAGAAGCCCCCGCAACACUACAGGGUGACGACUUCCAGUUGGUACUACCUUCCGGCGUGGUGGUCGGCCAUCGCUCCCUCAUGAAAUAUUACAAACAAAACCUGAGUCAGAACAGUCAGGCUUUAGUGAAGAAAUCGGACCGCAAGCUGCACAGGUUACUUGGUGUCUACCGAGCACUCGGCUGGGCGCCCAAAGAACAGGCCUUGGCAGCUAAAAAAGCGCGUGACAUUCACUUUAUGAAACGUGUACAAGCGAAGUGGCAGAUGAAGAUGUCUCUAAAGAACAAUAAGUUCCAGAAACAUUACAGAGCUCAAGUCAACUUCUAAAGUAUAGUCAAAUUGUUUCUAUAUGUUAUCAUACGUUUCAUUAGAAUUUUAAUUUCAUUUAGCUCCAUUUAGGGCAAUAUUUUUAUUCAAAUUCCUAGUUCAGUUUUAAUUUGCAAUAUUAUAAGACUGGCUAUGAUCUUACAAAAAUGAGCUUAAAUAUAUUAUUAAUUACAUUUUAUGGCAAAAACUAUGAUUUUAAUACAUUGGUAAAUUAAUAUGUUAGAUAAAUAAAAGUUUGACCUUUAUUUACUUUCUAAUAUUCACAUAGCCAGUCGUGUUAGACCGAUAUGGUCAGUAAGUCAUAUUAAUAAGCAAUUUCUUAUGAGAUAGGGCGGCAAACGCGUAGAUACAUCAUCUGUACCCUUAGUACGAGUUGGCUUUGCGUUAAACGUUCUGAUUGGCCGACGCGAAUGAACUAACCAAUCAGCGCCGGAUGCGUUCUCGUUUCGAUCUCGUUAAACGUAAAGCAAACUCGUACUAAGGGUACAGAUUGUAUUUGGUAAACAAUCAGUGCCGCCCAUGGACACCUGCAACACCAGAAUAGUUGAAAUGCGGCCUUUUUGGAUAGGGAUUUAAGAAUUAGGCCUCCGGUAAACUCACUCACACGGCUAAUCACAACGAGAGCGUUGUUUCACGCCGGCUUUCAUAUCACUCUGUUCGACAUGGCCCAUUCGUGCCGAAGUAUGGCUCUCACACUCAACAAGAUGCAAUUGGCCAUUCCAGUAAAAAAAAAAAUGACAAUGUGCAAACGUUUUACGAAAGAAAAACUCGUACACACAAUUAUUAUUAUUACUUGUUACACUUUUAUUUAGUUAUUGUUCUAAAGGGCCUGUUUCCCUAUUUCUAAGUUCAUGUGACUGACGGAUAGUCUGACGUAUUUGCAUAAAACUUAAAAUGUUAAAUGUACGUUAUGCUAAAGGUCCACUGAUCCGCACCGUACGGACCGCUCAUCGGCAAUGCCUACAUGCGAUGCGUACCGAUGACGUCAUACGGAAUGCCGAUGCCAAAAAUCCGAGUGAAAGUGGUAUCGGCAAUCCGAUUGCUGUCGAUACAGUGGACGCAGUCUGAAAAAUUAAUCCGUUUGAUGCAAUCCGUCUGAUGCGUACAAUGCGGGUCUGUGGACGCUAACCUUAAUAGAAACUUCGAGAAACAGGCCCUAAUUAGAAGAAAGACGCGCAGUAUCAUUGUUAGUGAUAGUGAGUGAUGAAUGUAUCGUAGUGUGGAUGUAUGUAUAGCACGUAGUAAAUAAAUGAGUACAAGUUUGGAUCGUAUCGUGUGCUUGUGUCAUGUCUGUUAUGUAAAAAAGUAAAAAAAAAACAAUGUUAUAAUGCCAUAAUGCCUUCUCCUAAACUUGUUUUCAAUUACAAACAUGUGAAUAUUAUCAGACGAAUUUAAUCAAACCUAUCAACUUUUACGAGUUAUAAAUUUUAAUCCAUUACUGUUUAUUCCAAUUUUGUUAUUGUUAUAUUAUUUGUUAAAGGAUACGUAACUAUAUGUUUGUCGUGUGAAUAUUUACGUAUGGCAUGUCUUUAAUGGGAGCUAGUAAACGAAAAGUUGACAACGGCUCUUAAAAUAUUGUUAGCACCAAUCUAUGGUUGUGUUUUUAGAGCAUAAAUUCCAUUGACCACCAAGCCAAAUCUGGCUAAAACUUAAGUGUACUUUGAUUCUAACCUAUCUUAGAAUUAGGAGAUAGGAACUUCAAGAGAUUAGUUAGAAACAGGUAUUCUUAUGGGUAUAGAUCAUGUUAUUUAAUUUCCGACGAAAAAAAUACGAAAUGUACCUAUGUUAUUAUUAAUAUGUCACAUUCACUGAAGAAAUUACUUAAGCAUUACACUGUACAAAAACAAGGAUGUAAAUAUUGUAAUGAAUAUGAAAUAAAAAAGCAAUAGCAAUAACCAUACAAA